GAGGGAAGACGAGGAGGAGGAGGAGUAGGUGGAGAAGGAGGAGGAGGAGGAGGAGGAGGAGAAGAGUAGUGGGCCUGGAGCCCAAACACAGUCAGGAUGGCAGACAAGAAAGUUAGCCUCCCUGCUAAGCUUAUUAAUGGGGGCGUGGCAGGCCUGGUUGGUGUGACAUGUGUAUUUCCUAUUGACCUGGCCAAGACCCGCCUACAGAACCAGCAGGGCGUCCAAGUCUACAAUGGAAUGCUGGACUGCCUGGCAAAGACGGUUCGCUCUGAGGGCUAUUUUGGAUGCUACAGAGGCGCAGCGGUGAACCUCACUCUCGUCACACCAGAAAAAGCCAUCAAGCUGGCGGCCAAUGACGUCUUCAGACAGAAGCUGUCGAAGGAUGGGCAUUUGCCCCUGUGGGGUGAGGUACUGGCAGGGUGUGGGGCUGGAACCUGUCAGGUGGUGGUCACCACUCCCAUGGAGAUGCUUAAGAUCCAGCUGCAGGAUGCAGGAAGGCUAGCUGCCCAGAGGCCUGUUCAGGCUGCUGCCGCUCCCGGUCCAGCUCCAUCGUUGGUGGCCCCCCAACGAGCCCAAACAAAUCCUCCACCUCGGCCCUCAGCCAUUGGCAUCACCACGGAGCUGUUGAAGACUCGUGGACUGGCAGGCCUCUACAGGGGGGCAGGAGCCACUUUAAUGAGGGAUGUCCCCUUCUCAAUGAUCUACUUCCCACUGUUUGCCAACCUAAAUGCACUGGGCCAGGAGAGACUGGGUAAUGUGCAGUCCCGGGCACCAUUCUGGCACUCAUUUGUAGCAGGCUGCGCCGCAGGCUCAGUGGCGGCCGUGGCUGUGACGCCACUGGAUGUCAUAAAGACUCGCCUGCAGACCUUGCAAAAAGGUGAGGGGGAGGACACAUACAGAGGAAUUAUUGACUGCACACGGCGCAUCAUGAGGCGGGAGGGCCCAGCAGCAUUCCUAAAGGGCGCAACGUGUCGUGCUCUGGUCAUCGCUCCGCUUUUUGGCAUUGCACAGGGCGUCUACUUUCUCGGGGUAGGGGAGAUGGUGCUUGGUUUGCUGGAAUAGCAGUGCUUGGCAUUGGUGGCGGUGGUUGUGUUGUCUCCGUACAGACAAUCUGCUGCUUUAAUCUGCAGUGAAUGACAACUGAGUGAAAGGUGAAUACACAGAGAGGGAAAGACGGCCACUAACCAGAGGAGGGACGGUCUGAGAUAUGAAGUGGCUCUAUUUACUAAUACAUGGACCAAUGGUUUCACACUAAUCAUGUUUCUAUAGGUUCUUACAUGCUGUCAGCAGGGUUCUGUAGGAUAAACAGGGUCCUGUGAAUGUGUGUGAUUGAUCUGAGGGUAUCUGUCCCGAGUUGUGUGGGUAUGUCUGGGGCUGUUCCUUUCACCUGGGAGAGAUCAUUCUGUCUGGUUGUUAAGAGAGAGCUGCUGCAUGUUGUAUGAGGCUGCUAACUAAAAUGCCUACAGACGAAGAACUGUGCAUCGUUCUAUGUAAGUGACAAAUUCCCCUUUCAAUCUGUAUCAAAAGCUAAUCCUGCAGAAUGUUUGAUGUCAGAGUCUGAGCUGGGUAUUCAGUUUGACUUCAAAUGCCAACCAUUUAGAUGUCAGUGUUUGAUGCGUCUCUCUGGAAAAGGAGCGUGAGCUCCUUCUGCCUAUCCUGUUAUGCAUUCCUCCCACUCCAUCUGUGAGGUGGGAGUUGUAAUCUUGGAUUUCUUCAUUGGAUUGGGAGGUGCUGCCUACCAGUGUCCCUAAGGUCAUUUGCUAAUCUGAUGGUAAUGGUUUAAUCCCUGCAUUAACGUACGAUAUACCCUAACACACAGCUCACUUCCUGCCUAAAGGCCACAGGUUAGACUGCUGGGCCACUGUCUCGUAGCCUUGACUUCCUCUCCUCCACAGCUUGAAAGGGUUUAAGUAAAACCUGUGAGAAGCCGAUGGCUGUUUUUACUGCAUAGUUACAUUACAUUAAAACAUCUUGCUUCAACUGAUGUGCGCACAAUAACUAAAUGCAAUUAAAGCCUUAUCAAUGCUGAUAGUUUCUAGAGCAUCAAGUCUUAAAUAAAUUCAGUGGAACUGGUGUUGAAACAUUGAUUUGGUACUUGAGUCCAGUUUAGCGAGGACAACUCAUGGAGGGAGUAUGGCACCUUGUCUUGCCAACUGUUUGCCAUUACUUAAAGUCCACUGGGUGGCACUAAAAGCUUUUUUACAUUUGUAAUGCAAGACACAUUUUGAUGUGGCUAGUGUACCUAGGCUCCUACAUUUUCCUCACAGUAGAGUGAACAUAGACUGAGUAAACUGUUUGUUUACAAGCUGUAAAUAAAGAUAUCUCAUGCAUGCUGA